GCGAAGGAGGAGGAGGAGGGAGAACCCCGUGCAACGUUGGGACUUGGCAGCUCGCCUCCCCCUGCCCAAGGAUAUUUAAUUUGCUUCGGGAAUCGCUACUUCCAGAGGGGAACUCAGGAGGGAAGGCGCGCGCGCCUGGAGGGGCAACGCAGGGACCCCUGGCCGCCGCCGCCUGCCUGUGCCGGACUCGAGCCUGGGCGGCAAGAGAUGCAUCUUCGCUCCUUCCCAGCCGCGGCGGCCAAGAGGAGACUUGACUCUCGGAGGAUCUGGGCUGCACUCACGCCGGACGCACCGCCUCCCCCCAGGGCAUGAAACGCCCGUAAACUCCGGUCGGAGCUAUCUCCUUGGCGCAGCCACUGCGUCCUCCUUCGGCUGCCCCUCCCCGGCGCGGGGGGCGGCGUGGAUUUCGGAGUCGGGGUUUCUGCCGCCUCCAGCCCUGUUUGCAUGUGCGGGGCCCCGGCGAGGAGCCUCCGCCCCCCACCCGGUUGUUUUUCCGCGCCUCCCUCUGCUCGGCGGCGGUGGCGGCGGCAGCAUGGCGAGCCCUCCGGAGACCGACGGCUUCUCGGACGUGCGCAAGGUGGGCUACCUGCGCAAACCCAAGAGCAUGCACAAGCGCUUCUUCGUGCUGCGGGCGGCCAGCGAGGCGGGGGGCCCGGCGCGCCUCGAGUACUACGAGAACGAGAAGAAGUGGCGGCACAAGUCGAGCGCCCCCAAACGCUCCAUCCCCCUCGAGAGCUGCUUCAACAUCAACAAGCGGGCGGACUCCAAGAACAAGCACCUGGUGGCCCUCUACACCCGGGACGAGCACUUUGCCAUCGCGGCAGACAGCGAGGCCGAGCAGGACAGCUGGUACCAGGCCCUCCUGCAGCUGCACAACCGUGCCAAGGGCCACCACGACGGGGCCGCGGCCGCCGGGGCGGGAGGCGGCGGGGGCAGCUGCAGCGGCAGCUCGGGCCUCGGCGAGGCUGGGGAGGACUUGAGCUACGGGGACGUGCCCCCAGGACCCGCCUUCAAGGAGGUCUGGCAGGUGAUCCUGAAACCCAAGGGCCUGGGUCAGACAAAGAACCUGAUUGGCAUCUACCGCCUCUGCCUGACGAGCAAGACCAUCAGCUUCGUGAAGCUGAACUCGGAGGCGGCGGCCGUGGUGUUGCAACUGAUGAACAUCAGGCGCUGUGGCCACUCAGAGAACUUCUUCUUCAUCGAAGUGGGCCGUUCCGCAGUGACGGGACCCGGGGAGUUCUGGAUGCAGGUGGAUGACUCGGUGGUGGCCCAGAACAUGCACGAGACCAUCCUGGAGGCCAUGCGGGCUAUGAGCGAUGAGUUCCGCCCUCGCAGCAAGAGCCAGUCCUCGUCCAACUGCUCCAACCCCAUCAGCGUCCCCCUGCGCAGGCACCACCUCAACAACCCCCCGCCCAGCCAGGUGGGGCUGACCCGCCGCUCGCGCACCGAGAGCAUCACCGCCACCUCCCCGGCCAGCAUGGUGGGCGGGAAGCAGGGCUCCUUCCGUGUCCGUGCCUCCAGCGACGGCGAAGGCACCAUGUCCCGCCCGGCUUCGGUGGAUGGCAGCCCCGUGAGUCCUAGCACCAACAGGACCCACGCCCACCGGCAUCGGGGCAGCUCCCGGCUGCACCCCCCUCUCAACCACAGCCGCUCCAUCCCCAUGCCUUCUUCUCGCUGCUCGCCCUCCGCCACCAGCCCGGUCAGUCUGUCGUCCAGCAGCACCAGUGGCCACGGCUCCACCUCGGACUGUCUCUUCCCGCGGCGGUCCAGUGCUUCUGUGUCCGGCUCCCCCAGCGAUGGCGGUUUCAUCUCCUCGGAUGAGUAUGGCUCCAGUCCCUGCGAUUUCCGAAGUUCCUUCCGCAGUGUCACCCCAGAUUCCCUGGGCCACACCCCACCGGCCCGCGGUGAGGAGGAGUUGAGCAACUACAUCUGCAUGGGAGGCAAGGGGGCCUCCACCCUCACCGCCCCCAAUGGUCACUACAUUUUGCCUCGGGGUGGCAAUGGUCACCGCUACAUCCCCGGAGCUGGCUUGGGCACGAGCCCAGCCCUGGCUGGGGAUGAAGCAGCCAGUGCUGCAGAUCUGGAUAAUCGGUUCCGAAAGCGGACUCACUCUGCUGGCACAUCCCCUACCAUUUCCCACCAGAAGACCCCAUCCCAGUCCUCCGUGGCUUCCAUUGAGGAAUAUACAGAGAUGAUGCCUGCCUACCCACCAGGAGGUGGCAGUGGAGGCCGGCUGCCUGGCUACCGGCACUCCGCCUUCGUGCCCACCCACUCCUACCCUGAGGAAGGUCUGGAAAUGCACCCUUUGGAGCGCGGGGGCCACCACCGCCCAGACACCUCCACCCUCCACACAGAUGAUGGCUACAUGCCCAUGUCCCCAGGGGUGGCCCCAGUGCCUAGCAACCGAAAGGGCAGUGGGGACUACAUGCCCAUGAGCCCCAAGAGCGUGUCUGCCCCGCAGCAGAUCAUCAACCCCAUCAGACGCCAUCCCCAGCGAGUGGACCCCAAUGGCUACAUGAUGAUGUCCCCAAGUGGCAGCUGCUCCCCUGACAUUGGAGGUGGCUCCAGCAGCAGUAGCAGUGCUGUGCCUUCUGGGAGCAGCUAUGGGAAGCUAUGGACAAAUGGUGUAGGGGGCCACCACUCUCAUGCCCUGCCGCACCCCAAACUACCCAUGGAGAGCAGUGGCAGCAAGCUCUUGUCUUGUACAGGUGACUAUAUGAACAUGUCGCCAGUGGGGGACUCCAACACCAGCAGCCCUUCCGACUGCUACUACGGCCCUGAGGACCCCCAGCACAAGCCAGUCCUCUCCUACUACUCAUUGCCAAGGUCCUUUAAGCACACCCAGCGCCCGGGGGAGCUGGAGGAGACUGCCCGGCACCAGCACCUCCGCCUUUCCUCCAGCUCUGGCCGCCUUCUCUAUGCUGCAGCAGCAGAAGAUUCCUCUUCCUCCACCAGCAGCGACAGCCUGGGUGGGGGGUACUGCGGGGCUAGGCCCGAGCCCGGCCUCCCGCAUCAUCUCCACCAUCAGGUCCUGCAGCCGCAUCUGCCUCGAAAAGUGGACACAGCUGCGCAGACCAACAGCCGCCUGGCUCGGCCCACGAGGCUGUCCCUGGGGGAUCCCAAGGCCAGCACCUUACCUCGGGCCCGAGAGCAGCAGCAGCAGCCACCCUUGCUGCACCUUCCGGAGCCCAAGAGCCCAGGGGAAUAUGUGAACAUUGAAUUUGGGAGUGAUCAGCCAGGCUACUUGUCUGGCCCUGUGGCUUCCCACACCUUGCCUUCUGUCAGGUGUCCAUCCCAGCUCCAGCCAGCUCCCAGAGAGGAAGAGACUGGCACUGAAGAAUACAUGAACAUGGACCUGGGGCCGGGCCGGAGGGCUGCCUGGCAGGAGAGCGCUGGGCUCCAGCAGGGCAGAGUGGGCCCUGCACCUCCUGGGUCUGCUGGCAUGUGCAGGCCUACUCGGGCAGUGCCCAGCGGCCGGGGUGACUACAUGACCAUGCAGAUGGGGUGUCCCCGUCAGAGCUACGUGGACACCUCGCCAGUUGCCCCCGUCAGCUAUGCUGACAUGCGGACGGGCAUUGUCGUGGAGGAGGUGAGCCUUCCCGGGGCCGCAGCGGCUGCUCCCUCCUCAUCCUCAGCAGCCUCUGCUUCCCCUGCUGCACCUCAAGGAGCGGGGGACCUGGUGGCCCGCUCUUCCCUGCUGGGGGGCCCGCAGGGCCCCGGGGGCAUGAGCGCCUUCACCCGAGUGAACCUCAGCCCCAACCGCAACCAGAGUGCCAAAGUGAUCCGUGCGGACCCGCAAGGGUGCCGGAGGCGGCAUAGCUCCGAGACCUUCUCCUCGACACCUAGUGCCACCCGGGUGGGCAAUACGGUGCCCUUCGGAGCGGGGGCUGUAGUAGGGGGCAGUGGUGGUGGCAGCAGCAGCACUGAGGAUGUGAAACGCCACAGCUCUGCUUCCUUUGAGAACGUGUGGCUGAGGCCUGGGGAGCUCGGGGGAGCCCCCAAGGAGCUGGCCCAAGUGUGCGGGGCUGCUGGGGGUUUGGAGAACGGUCUUAACUACAUAGACCUGGAUUUGGUCAAGGACUUCAAACAGCGCCCUCAGGAGCGCCCCCCUCAACAGCAGCCUCCCCCACCCCCGCCCCCUCAUCAGCCUCUGGGCAGCAGUGAGAGCAGCUCCACCAGCCGCUCUAGCGAGGAUUUAAGCGCCUAUGCCAGCAUCAGUUUCCAGAAGCAGCCAGAGGACCUCCAGUAGCUCAACUGGACAUCACAGCAGAAUGAAGACCUAAAUGACCUCAGCAAAUCCUCCUUUAACUCAUGGGUACCCAGACUCUAAAUAUUUCAUGAUUCACAACCAGGACCUCACAUCCUCCUCCUCAGUAGAUGGUACGAUGCAUCAUUUCAGUUUGUUUACUUUAUAACAAUCCUCAGGAGUUCGUUGACUGAACUGCACGUUCUAUAUUGUGCCAAGCAAAAAAGCACUGUGACACCAGAACAAUGAGUCUGCAUAAACUUCAUCUUCAACCUUAAGGACUUAGCUGGCCACAUGAGCUGUUGGGCCCACCACCAUGCCACGAGAGAAUGGGUUUACUCUCAUUGCAUUUACAAGAUACGUUUAUUUCAUCUGCUGCUGAAACUGUGUACGACAAAGCAUCAUUGUAAAUUAUUUCAUACAAAACUGUUCGCAUUGGGUGGAGAGAGUAUUAAAUAUUUAACAUAGGUUUUGAUUCAUAUGUGUAAUUUUUUUAAUUAAAAUGUAACAUUUCCUACAGCACAUCUUUUUUUUGGAUGUGGAACUGAGGUAUACAAUGUUCUGUUGUAAAGAGUGAAGCAAAUGCUUAAAACAAGGCUAACAGGUAUGGAUAGGGUACGAACCUUGUUUUAAGACUGUAAUUCAGAAAAAUAAUAUAAUAAGAAUCCUAGUGCCAUAGAUGAUUCUCAAUUGUAUAGAUUUAUUUGCUGAUACUAUCUCUUGUAAUAUAGCCCUGAUGUUGAGGUGAGAUCCUUACAAGAAUUGAUCUUAAUUUUGUAUUUUUCCUGUAAGGCAAUAGGCCAUGUUAAUUAAACUGAAGAAUGAUAUAGUCUACUGGGUAUUUUCAAGUGUCAGCUUAAAAUUGGCAAUUGAAUGGAAGCAAAAUUAUAAGAAAAGGAGAUCAAAGUCUUCCAUUGUAUAUACUGUAAAGAAGAGGAAACAUGGGUGAUUCCUUCAAAUCAAAAGCUCUCUUUGGAAUGAACAAUGUGGGUGUUUGUAAAUUCUGGAAAUUUCUUUCUAUUCAUAAUAAACUAGAGACUGUUGAUCUUUUCUUCUCCCCCUCCCCCGACUUCUGUAAGCUUCCUGGUCCAUUACCACCAUUUUUUUCUGUGCACACGUUAGGGUAUUUCAUUUCCUGCAUGGUCUCAAGAAAGAUGGUAAGACAAGUGACUACUUGUCUUUAAUUUCUAACCAGAAAUUAAAAUUCCAGAAAGUGUUUUUUAUCAUGA